AUGGUCUCCACCAUCACUGCUGGGACCACUAUCAUCUCCAUUGAGGCUUCUGAGAUCACUCUGGGUUCUUCCUUAACAUCUGUACCCACCAUACUCAUCACUGCAGCCUCUGAGACCACCAGUGCUCCCAGCACAGCUUCUGAGAUAAUCACAUCCUCCACCACAAUGUCCAUUCCAACCACAGCCUUCAGCAUAGCCUCUGAAAUCACCAUAAGUUCUUCAACUAUCCCAGUCUCUGAAAUAACUUCUGAGGCCCUCAAGUCCAGCAUUACAGCAUCUGUGCCAAUGACAGCCUCUAUCCCAGACUUUGAGGCCUCUGGGGCCUCUACCAAGGUCUCUGAGACCACCAUGGCUUCCACAAUUAUAUUUUCCUUCUCGGCAUCUGGGCCUACCAUAUUUUCUUCCACAGAUUCUGGGGACACCAAAGCUUCCACCUCACCUUCUGGACCCACCACAGCCUCAGAGGCCAUUGACUUUUCUACUCAGUCCAUCACCAACACAGCUGUAUCAGGUGAAACAUCCACAUCAGGCAAGACUGAACACAGCAUAACUUCUAGUGGGACCACUACAACCUCUAACACUAAAUCCAGCACAAUCUCUGGAGGGACCAGCACACUUGUCAACACUGGACUCAGCACAGCCUCUGGUGGAACAAGUAUAGUUUCCAACACUGGAUCUAGUGUGACCUCUAGGGGAACCAAUACAGCCUCCAGUACUGGAUCCAGCACAACCUCUGGAGGGACCAGCACAGCUGCCAAUACCGGAUCCAGCACAUCUGGUGGGACCAGUACAGCCUCCAACACUGAAUCCAGUGUGAUCUCCAGUGGGCCCAGCACAACCUCCAAUACUGAAUCUAGCACAACCUCUGGAGGGACCAGCACCCCUGUCAACAUUAGAUCCAGCACAACCUCCAGAGGUAGUAGCACACCUAUGAACACUGGAUCCAGUGAAACCUCAGGUGGGACCAGUAUAGCCUCCAGCACUAGAUUCAGUACAACUUCCGGUGGGACCAGCAUAGUCUCUAGGACUGGAUCCAGCACAACCUCCAGUGGGACCAGCACAGCUACCAACCCUGGAUCCAGUGUGAUCUCCAGCAGGACCAGUGUAGCUUCCAACACUGGAUCUAGUGGGACUUCCAGUGGGACCAGCACAGCUGUUAACACUGGAUCCAGUGUGACUUCCAGCAGGACCAGCACAGCUGCCAACACUGCAUCCAAUGCAAUCACAGGAGGCUCUAGCACACAUUCUCUAACUGGAACACACACAACUUCCAAUAGGAUUGGCAUGAGCGCUACCACUCCAGUGAAUCAUGUGACACCCAGUGGGUCCCUGAAACCAUGGGAAAUCUUCCUCAUUACUCUGGUCUCAGUUGUAGUGGCUGUGGGAUUCUUUGCUGGGCUCUUCAUCUGUGUGAGAAAUUCCCUGACCCUGAGAAACGUCUUUGACACAGCUGUCUACCAUCCCCAUGGCCCCAACCUUGGCAUGGGCCCUGGAGGGAAUCACGGAGUCCACCACAGGCCUAGCUGGAGCUCUAACCGGUUCUGGAGGAGACCAGUAUCCUCAAUAGCUAUGGAGAUGAGAAGGGGAUACAAUGGGCCCUGAAUGGCCCCUGAAGCCAGAGUGCCACCUUCUUCAAGGAGAAAACCAACCUGGGAGACCAGAGACCUGAGUGUCCUUUCAUUUGUCCCCAGGGGUCCCCUCCCAGCUUUAUUUGGGUCUCUGACAGCCCUGGGGAAGACACUCCCUGUCUCUUGCUUUUACUAAACUGU